GUUGAAAUCGAGUAGAUGGAAGUAACAUUCUCUCCCGCGACGGCAAGUGGAUAUCGGAAUCAGGCAUGUGCUUCAGCAGAACCUUUGUUGCAGAGAAGAGUGGCGGCUCGCGAUUUGAAUCGGUCUUCACUGUCCAUCGCGCGGCCUAACAAGUUUGUGCAGCUCUCAUUUGCUCAAACCGACUAUCGCACUAGGAACAGUGCUCUCUUCAAGGUUUUAUCUGCUGAAAAGGAACAUGUUCGUGUGGUGGAGGGAAGUAGCGUUGAUGAGUUAUAUGAUACAUUGGUUAAGCGUCUUCUGCCUCCAGCAUCAGUGUCAUCAAAUCCUAAUUAUAAGCUUUUAGUUGGCAUGACUGGUCCUCCAGGUGCUGGAAAAAGCACUCUAGCAAAUGAAGUAGCUAGACGUGUAAACAAGCUUUGGCCAGAGAAAUCUUCUUCGUUGGACUUUCAGGUUCAACCUCCUGAUGUUGCUAUCGUGAUUCCUAUGGAUGGUUUUCAUCUUUAUCGUUCUGAACUUGAUGCGAUGGAGAAUCCAGAGGAAGCCCAUGCCAGAAGGGGAGCUCCAUGGACAUUCAAUCCCCUGCGACUACUUACCUGUCUCAAGAAUCUAAGACUUCAUGGAUCAGUUUAUGCACCAUCAUUUGACCAUGGUGUUGGGGACCCAGUGGAAGAUGACAUCUUUGUGAACGUUCAGCACAAAGUUGUUAUUGUAGAAGGUAACUAUUUACUCUUGGAAGAUGGGGUAUGGAAGGAGAUAUCAUCUUUAUUUGACGAGAAAUGGUUUAUUGAUAUUGACAUUGACAAAGCAAUGCAGCGAGUUUUAAAAAGGCAUAUUUCAACUGGUAUUUACUAUGUAAGCCUCCGGACAUCGCUAAACAGCGGAUAGAGAACAACGACAGGCUCAACGCAGAACUUAUAAUGAAGUCCAAGAAAAAUGCUGACAUAAUAAUCCAGUCAGUUGAUUUCUGAAGAAUCUGUUUCUGUUUAAGUCAAGCCCAAGGAGAGUAUUAUAACUUUAGAAGGAUGUCUGUAAUAAAAGAAUUAUCCUUGUGAUUUUUCAGAGUCCAACAAACUGAUCUGUAAUUACUUAUACAAACAGAUUCUUCGUGCAUUUCUUGUAAUUUUUUCCUCAGCCUUACAUUAUCUUGUUAACAACUCAAAUCAUACGAAUUCUGAACAGCUUAAAGGUAAGUGAUAUUUUGGACGUGGUGUCCAAGUAAAUACUAAACAGGCAA